AUGAACACUCCAACCAACACCCACCCCCGAUUCGGAUGGAUCGGUCUCGGCUCAAUGGGCCAAGCCAUGGCCCUGAACCUCCAAGCCCAUCUAUCGCGCAUCAACGCCCCAUCCCUCCAAUUCUACAACCGAACCGAGGCUCGUGGACAGCCCGUUCAAGCAAUCGGGGGCGUACAGCACGCCAGCAUCCCCGAGCUCAUCACCAACGUCGAUAUCUGCUUCGUCGCUGUGACCGAUGACACUGCUGUUCGAUCCAUCAUUGAUACCAUAACAACACUAGACCCAGACCACCUACGCCAGAAACUCAUCGUCGACACAACGACCGUCCAUCCGGAUACGUCUGCCUGGGCACAACAACGUCUCACUGAGUGCGAAGUAAGCUAUGUCGCAUCACCGGUGUUCGGAGCCACGCCUACCGCGCAAGAAGGCAAGCUAUUGUUUGUGGUCGCGGGUGCGGAAGAGGCCGUGCAGCGAGUGGAGCCGUAUAUUGUGGGUGUUAUGGGGCGGAAGAUGAUGAGGUUGGGGAGUGAUGUUACGAGGUCUACGUUGUUGAAGUGUACGGGCAACUUCCUCAUCGGCGGCAUGAUGGAGCUUGUCGCAGAAGCACAGGUAUUGGCGGAAAAGUCCGGUCUCGGGAACGAUGUUCUCGAGGGGUUGCUUGAAGAGCAAUAUGGUCCACUGCUGACCUCCAUGUCGAAGAGGAUGACGGGAGGAUUUUAUCUGCCUGAACGGGGUCAGCGACCGUGGUCGGAUGUGAAUUUGGCCAUCAAAGAUGUCUCGUUGGGGGUGAGUUGUGCCGAGGGCGCGGGAACGGAAUUGCCGAUUGCGCGGGUUGUUUUGGAUCAUCUCCGCGCGGCGCGGGGGUAUGGGGAGGAUAAUGGACGUGCGCUGGAUUCGUCGUCAAUGUAUGGGGUAUUGAGAGAGCGUGCAGGGCUUGCGUUUGAGUCGGAAAGGGUGAAGCAGAGGGAUGCUGGGGGGAGUGAUGCGAGUUGA